UGAGUGAGUGAAGGUGAAAGGCCUAUAUCACUAGCCCCGUGGGUUUCUGUUAAAAGGAAAGCAAGCUGCUCCCUCCACUCCUGCCGUGUUUCCCCUCCUCGCUCUCCUGAUCUCUUCCUUCUUCAAUCUCACUAGCUAGCCGGCUUGUUUGCUUGGAGUCUCGUAGCUAGGUAAGGUAGAUUAGGCGGCUGCGACUGGCUGUGGGAUGCCUUGCUCCUCGGCGGCUCCUCCGUGGCUAGUGCGCGUGGUGGGUGCCAACGCCGACCAGGCGUCGUCGUCGUCCUCGUCCAAGGGAGGCGCGCGCGUGCUCACCGCCGGGACGACCACCAUGGACACGGGUGCCACGGCUGCAGCAUACUACGGCGGUGGCGGGGCAGGGUGCAAUGCCGCCGACCCGCAGGAGAGCAGCAGCAGCGGGCAGUCCAGGCUCGCAGCCCGCGGCCACUGGCGCCCCGCCGAAGACGCCAAGCUCCGGGAGCUGGUAGCGCUCUACGGGCCGCAGAACUGGAACCUCAUCGCCGAGAAGCUCGACGGAAGAUCUGGGAAGAGCUGCCGGCUUCGGUGGUUCAACCAGCUGGACCCUCGGAUCAGCAAGCGGCCGUUCAGCGACGAGGAGGAGGAGCGGCUGAUGUCGGCGCACCGCUUCUACGGCAACAAGUGGGCGAUGAUCGCGCGGCUCUUCCCCGGCCGCACCGACAACGCCGUGAAGAACCACUGGCACGUCAUCAUGGCGCGCAAGUACCGCGAGCAGUCCACCGCGUACCGCCGCCGGAAGCUUAACCAGGCCGUCCAGCGCAAGCUGGACACCUCCUCAGUGGUAGCCGCCGGGCACGUGGACGUCGUCGGCCACCACCACCACCACCACCUCAUGGCCGCCGCCGCCGCCCACGACUCUGCCGGCUUCACGGACCCCUACGGCUUCAGCUUACGGCACUACUGCUUCCCCGCCGGCGCCGUGGCUGCCUCGGCCGAGGAGCCUGCCUUCUGCUUGUUCGCCGGACCCGGCGCGGCAGCGGUGCACGACGGACGUCUCUCGUGGCCUGACGACAUGGCCCUGCGAGGAAGAGGUGGCGGCGGGAUGGGCAGCCGGUACGGGGAACCGCCAUUCGUGCUACCGGCACAUGGCGGCUGGAUCGGCAGCGGCCACCAGCACGAGAUGGCGCGGUUCAUCUCCGACGACGCGAACGGAACGUCGGCCGCCGCGUUCGAGACGGCGACGGCGAGGGAUCAGGGCGCCCGCUUCGACUCGGCGGUGGCGUCGCCGGCUUUCAUAGAUUUCCUCGGUGUCGGAGCGACAUGAUGGAUCGGCGGACGCGCGCAUGCAUGGGUCGAUGGAGAUGCUCUACCGGAGCAUGCAUGUGGCAGGUGAAUCUAGUAGGACUAGCUACCUCUAGCCUCUCUAGUUAGCUUGCUAUAUAAAAGCACACGCAAGGCAGGCUUGCUGCUUCUAGUGUUUGUAACUCUGUUAGUUAAUGGAGCUAGCUACAUAAUACUCCCUCCGUUCUCUUUUAAUUGACUCAGAUUUAGUACAACUUUAUACUAAAUUUGAGUCAAUUAAAAAAGAACGGAGGAAGUAUAUCUGGAGUAAGUAAAUAGUAUGUGUUUCUUUAUCUAAGCUAGUAGGAAUCCAAGCUUGCAAGGUGGAUUUUGAUUUGGUUAGUGGCAGAAAUAGGGAGAGUGUGCUUUGAAGCAUUGUGGAGAGGUGGGAAUCUAGUUACUUGCAUGAGUAAGCUAGGCAAAAUCUUAUAUGAUGGAGACAAGCUUCAGGAGUGAAAUUUUUGGUCCUUGAUU